AUGUCACAGCAUAGGAGACGCGUCCCUAUUUCGAGUCUUUUAAUGGUAUCGAGGAACGCCGCUGGGGUCAAUCGAUGUGAUUCCUCUCUUCGUUUGCCUUGUGAUUUCGUUUCUGUCGAACUCAGUCUUGAAACUAAUGGAGCAAAAAAAUUUAAAUCUGGCUGGAUAAGACCACAGGCCAGCACCGUCAGAGAGAUCAGCCCAAAGGUAAAGAUGGACUUCGGCAAAAGGAAAAGCAGAGUUUCUCACCGAAGUUCAGACCCGUGGACAUCCGAAGCACUCAGCGUAGGGAAAACGAAGCAGCUUAAUGCUGCUGGCGAGAGUUUUAGGGCUGUUCUCCUGUCCGUUGAGUUGGUCCCUGUGUCAGGCUCUCCUCCCAAAACCCCUCCAAGACCUUCAACUCAGGCCUUGCCCGCUGCAGGCAAUCUUGAGGCGCGCAUGCAGUGUAGUUUUUGUGUUUGUGUAGUGCCGAGGGAAAAUAGUAGAAGUUGUACUGUUGCUGCACUCCGCCCGGGGAGGACGCCUGUAGAAAUCGGUGGACUCCAAAUGCAUUCUGCAAACUCCUUUGCUGGUGCUUGCGCUUGUCCUAGAUGCUGUCACUCUGAGAUAUCAUCUUUGAAGCAGAUGGUGUCUUUUUUGACGGACGGUGCCACCCCUCUUCCUGUGCCCCUUGAGGUCUUCUACACCAUAGGCCGGCAGUACAUGAUGACGCACCCGCACUUCUACACUUUGACUCUGCCCCCCAUAGAUCAGCUCCAAAGCAUCACCACAAAUGUUGCAAGGCUCCAUAACGGCGUUGCAGGAGUGCUGGCAGAUGCAGGAGAGGCAGAAGCAAAACAGCGCGAGGUGGCAGAAGCAGAGAGAAUCCGACAGCAGGCGGAAGAAGCAGCCAUACAGGAAUUGAUGAAAGAACUACAUAGUCGCGAAGAAAAAAAUGAAAAUUUAGAGCAGUGCUUGAAAGAAAAGGAUGUACGGUUGGAAGGAGUAAGCAAGGAGCUGGUGGAGGAGAGAGCAGAUAAGCGGCGUCUGGUUCUUGAAGCGCAGAAAAAGGAAAAAGGUGCUGCAAACGCUUGUGAACGGCUAACGCGCGAGGUUUCCAUCAGGAAAAAGCUGGCAGAUGCUCUGCAGGAGCAAAAUGAAGUGCUUCAGGAAAAGAUGCGGCUGCUGAACAAAACGAUAUCGAAGAGAGAGAAGCAGGCAGAAGCCGUGUCUGAUGAGCUGCAAGUUCUCGAGAACCAAGUUCUUAAAAUAGCGAAACAAUCGGAGACUCUUAUGGAGAGGGACGAAUCCAACAGGCAGCAUAUGAGAGAAUACCUCGCUGUAAGCUUGACUGCCAAUCCUUUCAGAUGUGCACACACCCUGUAG